AUGGAAAUUCAUAAACGCAUACUGCUCCUAUGCUUCUCUCAUGAAAGAGGAUGUACCCGGGCCAACAACUUGCCCCCAAACCCCGACUUGAACACAAAGACGAGUCCAAAUUGUCAUGUACUGUCUUGUGCUGGACUCAAACAUGUUAGCCGGCCUGACACAAAAACACAGCUGAUUAGACUCCUGGGGAAUAGAAAGAUUCAGCACCGCUUUACGACCCUCAAUCAACUUCGAGCCAAACCUAGCGAGUUCCGGGGGAAGAAACCUGGAGGCAAAGACAAAGGGGAGAUCCGGAGCUAUUCCUCGACAGACUGGAAGAAAAAUUCCUUUCAGUGGCCUCGUGGGUCCUUCGGCAGGAAGAAGAACCAAAGCUAUUCGUCGAUCUUCGACAUAAAACAUCUCUAUGUCCAUCGGAUGUCUCCUUCGGCUGGAAAAACCGAGGCGGCGUGCAUAUGGGCUUCGUGGUGUGGAUUAAUGUUAAUCUUCAUGUCUCGCAAAUUUGAAAUACUGGAAGAUAUUGUUCAUGUCUUCAGAUCGCCAAAGAAAUGUAAUACACUCGAAUGCUCGGCAUCAAACCAUUAUGAGCGAAAUCGGCUUCCGACUCAGCGCAGCCGAAAACGUUAUUUCAACCUUGCUGCCAGGACAGUUGCAAAUAUCACUAGUCCCAAAUUGCUUAGACUGAUCGAACAUUCUGGAACACUCAUCCUUGAAGUGGUCCCACUGAGAUGGUACAUAUCAACGUCAGCACGAAAAAUUGCGUUUAUCACAUGA